UUCACUCUUCUUUUCUCCCCUCUUCCACUUUUUCUUCCAUUUUCAAUUUUCAAUAAUUGACGGUUCCUUCGGAGAUCUCUCUCUCGCCCACAACCCAACCAUGGCGAAUACGGGGAAUUUAGACGCGGCGAUAGAGCAGUUGCUGAACGUGGAGAAGCAGAUGAGGCUCGCCGGUGACGUGGCCGGGACGAGAAAGGCGGUCACCGAUAUUUUGCAGCUCUGUUUCGAUGCGCGAGCAUGGAAAACCCUCAAUGACCAGAUUGUCGUUUUGUCGAAACGACGUGGCCAGCUCAAGCAGGCUGUAACAGCUAUGGUGCAGCAGGCUAUGCAAUAUAUUGAUGAGACACCAGAUGUUGAAACUCGUGUAGAACUCAUCAAAACGUUGAACAGUGUGUCUGCAGGAAAGAUAUAUGUGGAAAUUGAGAGAGCUCGAUUGAUCAAGAAACUUGCAAAGAUUAAGGAAGAACAAGGGCUUAUAGCUGAAGCUGCUGAUUUGAUGCAAGAAAUUGCGGUGGAAACUUUUGGUGCCAUGGCCAAAACUGAGAAAAUCGCAUUCAUUCUUGAACAAGUUCGUUUGUGUCUAGACCGCCAGGAUUAUGUUCGUGCACAGAUACUCUCAAGAAAGAUUAGUCCUAGAGUAUUUGAUGCUGAUACAUCGAAGGAAAAGAAAAAGCCUAAAGAAGGUGAUAAUGUUGUUGAAGAGGCCCCUGCAGAUAUACCAUCAUUGUUGGAGUUGAAGCAGAUCUAUUAUGAACUAAUGAUUCGGUAUUAUACCCAUAACAAUGAUUAUCUUGAAAUUUGCCGUUGCUACAAGGCAAUAUAUGAGAUUCCAUCUGUCAAAGAAGAUCCUGCCAAGUGGGUUCCAAUCCUAAGGAAAAUAUGUUGGUACUUGGUUCUAUCACCAUAUGAUCCAAUGCAGUCAAGCCUUCUCAAUUCCACCCUGGAGGAUAAGAACCUAUCUGAGAUUCCAAGCUUCAAGCUACUUUUAAAACAGAUUGUUACCAUGGAGGUUAUCCAAUGGACGACUUUAUGGGAUACAUAUAAGAGUGAUUUUGAGAAUGAGAAGGCCACUGGGAAAUCUUUGGGUGAAAAGGCAGCAGAAGAUCUGAGGCAAAGAAUUAUUGAACAUAAUAUUCUUGUUGUAUCAAAAUACUACACAAGAAUUACAUUGAAGAGACUUGCAGAGCUUUUGUGUCUCAGUGUACAGGAAGCUGAGAAGCAUCUCUCAGAUAUGGUUGUGUCAAAGGCGCUGGUGGCAAAGAUCGAUAGGCCAAUGGGAAUAGUCUGUUUUCAAACAGCCAAGGAUAGCAAUGAUAUUCUUAACUCUUGGGCAGCAAACUUGGAGAAACUGCUUGAUCUUGUGGAGAAGAGCUGUCAUCAGAUACACAAGGAAACCAUGGUCCAUAAAGCUGCUUUGAAGGUUUAAGAAGAUCCAUACUAGCAGUUACAGUCACAGGGGCACCUCAAUCUUGACGUGAUUUUGUACUGAAGUUGCCUUUUCAGGAAUGUUCUUUUGAAUUGUCACCUACUAGAAUUGGUGAGGAAUUUCGUUAAACGAUGAUCCCUUUUUCAUUUUAUAUUUUAUUACUCAUGCGUUCACGGUAGAGCUGGAUAUAUGCAUCUUAGUACUGAAAGUAGCAUUGUUGUAUACUACUGGUACAAUACCUUACCGCUGACUUAUGACAGGAUCAUAAACGAUCUCGAUUGAAGCAGUGGCUAGAAAAUUGAGUGUUUGCUCAUUUAUAUUCUUUUGCCUGGUUGGUUUUUUUCUCUUCUCCUGUAUUUCUCUACAUUACAAUUUCUCGUGCAAUUUGGACGUGUUAUGUUACCUUGGA